AUGCGGUUCCCAUCUCUGGUCGCUUUGAUCUCCAUCGCCUCGUGCGCCCUCGCACAGGACACCAACAUCGCUGAUGUCGUCAACGCUUUCAACACCGCCAACAUCCCACGGGACUUUGGUAUCCAAUUCAACCCAGUGGGACUCUUGCAGGCCACUUUCACCAGGAACGGUCAGCAAACUACGUUCUCUUCUGGCCAGAAUGUUCCUCGAGAUGCCACCGCCCAAACUCCCACAUUCAAGCUCACUGGCGUCACCGACCCUGGCCCAUACGUGAUUGCCAACGUCGACCCCGACGGUGGACAAUUCGGUCAUGUCCGCCACUACCUCGCUGGAAACUACAACCUCCAACCUGACGGAAACCUUGUUGCGUCUGGCCAACCCAUCACGGCGUGGUUCCAGCCUUCGCCUGGGUUUGGUAAUCCUGCUCAUCGAUACGUCUUCUGGGCCUUCAAACAGUCCCCGAACUUCAACCAACAACGCUUGGUCACACCCACCACUUUCAUUGGUAACUGGAACUUGAGCUCCUUCGCUGCUCAGACUGGCCUGGGUGACCCAGUCGCGGGUACCUUUAUGAUGGUUCGUCAGUAG